AUGACAAUAAUUAGCCGAAGAUUAUCACGUCUGUUUGCACAAGCGUUUUGUGCUAAAUCAGACGUUUUAGCACCAAAAGAUGUCACGCCAUUAAAUGCUGUGUAUGAUAAGGUUACACAUACUGGGCAGGCAUGGGACCAAGCCGAUCAUCGAAAUGUAAGGUUUACUAUAAUGCCGAAACAAGUAAAUCCAAAUGUUGCACAAAAGUUGAUCGCUGAAGUACCACCAAUUGAAACGGAUCAACGUAUCGUACAUUGUGAUGGUGGUCAUUCAGCAUUAGGUCAUCCACGUGUAUAUAUUAAAUUGGAUAAACCUGGCAAUCAUGCAUGUGGUUAUUGUGGACAGCGUUUCGUAAACACUCAUUUCACUCAAGGUAGUGACCAUGAUAUCAACCAUCUGGUAACAUAG